GGCUUCACGGAGCACAGCCCAGCCCGGAAGCCGAGGCGCGGUGGUGCGAUCGGGUGAUGCGGUGACGUGCUGGAUUCGGGGCUCAGGUAUUGGCGGGAGCCGGGUGAGGGGCGAUGUGGCGUACGCUGUGCGCGACUGGGGAGGCUGCGGUUGGCAGGUUGGUGCUGCGCGCUCCCAGGCCGCUAUUGCCCCUCAGUGGGAAGAGAAGUACCACAGCUAUGCCUGAAGUAAACACAGAUAAUCUUGAUAAGCAGCAGGUGCAGCUUCUGGCAGAGAUGUGUAUCCUUAUUGAUGAAAAUGACAAGAAGAUUGGUGCAGAUACUAAGAAAAACUGCCAUCUGAAUGAAAAGAUUGAUAAAGGAUUAUUGCACCGAGCUUUCAGUGUUUUUUUAUUCAAUACAGAAGAUAAGUUACUAUUGCAGCAGAGAUCAGAUGCUAAAAUUACUUUUCCAGAUUGUUUUACCAACACUUGUUGCAGCCAUCCACUGAGCACCCCAGUAGAACUGGAAGAAAAUAAUGCCCAUGGUGUUCGGCGAGCAGCACAGAGGCGAUUAAGAGCAGAGUUAGGCAUUCCCCUGGAACAGGUAACUCCAGAAGAAAUCGUGUAUCUAACUCGAAUUCACUACAAGGCCCGCUCUGAUGGGAUCUGGGGAGAACACGAAAUUGAUUACAUCUUGUUUGUGCGGAAGAAUGUAACACUGAAUACUGAUCCAAAUGAGAUCAAAAGUUACUGUUAUGUGACACAGGAAGAACUAAAACUCCUCUUGGAAAAAGCAUCAAAAAAUGAAAUCAAGAUUACUCCAUGGUUCAAAUUAAUUGCAGAGACGUUUCUUUUUAAAUGGUGGGAUAACCUGCAUAAUUUAAAUAGAUUUGUGGAUCAUGAAAAAAUACACAGAAUGUAAAAAGCUCCAAGUGAAUGUAGUGGUGAGGGAUAACAGUAGGAUGCUGUCUUAAUAGCAGUAAGGUAACUUUUAAUCCUUAAAGUUUUGAAUACUUACAGAAUGGUACAUCAGCAGUACCUGUUGUAGGAAUUUCUGUACCUAUGCAUAGUGAUGGUGUGGCAGUUGGGUUGGGGUUUUUUUUUUGGUUAAUUUACAGCUGAUGAAUGGUGCUGGCCUGACAGCAUGGGAAACUUAAGUCAUCUUUUCAGAGCAGGCAAGCUGUGGUGUUACCCAAGUGCUGAAAAAAGUUUCAAAUGUAAAGCCAGCCUUGAUGACUAUAAGUAAAUAACAGUAGCUAUAGUAUGAACUUGUUUGGGGCUUAAUGAAUACUAAGAUAGAAAGCCCAUGUAGAAAAGAAAUUGUAAACUUUUAUUUUGAGGGGCACUGAAAUACAUUGAGUGAGGCUUAUUAGCAGACACGAGUUUUGUACAAGGAGACAGACACAAAUAGGCAACAGCAAAGUAAGCUUCCCUGCAUUGCCUUCCAGUCCAGUGCCUAUAACGUGACUGGGAGUGAUUGUCUCCAAUGAAUGGAGGAUAAUCCAGUCUCUAACUAUUUAGUUAUCUCCAUUGUGACUGUAAAUAAGUGCCACUUCUGAUGUAAACACCCCCACCCACUGGCAAUUAAUCUGAGACUUCUCCUUCCAAACUCGGUUAAUGGAGGCUUUUGGUAGUUAGGUUAAUUAGAGGAAUUUUGUCAACUUGUAUUUAUACUAGUUCCAGAACACACUGUAACUAGCAUCUCUUCAUCUUUCGGGGGGGGGGGUGGGGGGGAAUGAUUUACUAAGUAAAUGUCAUCAAAUGCACAAAGUAAACAAAUCACAAACUUCACAGCUGUGCCAGCCUCAGUAAUAUUUAGAAGUUGUAAUGAAAAUUUUGAAGUACGUGUUCCUUUGAAAACUUAAGUUACAUAAACUCAUAGCUAAGUUAUAUAAAAAUCA